AUGAUCAACAGGGUAAAUAAGAAGUACAGUAUGAUCAACAGUGUCAAUAAGAAGUACAGCUUGAUCAACAGGGCCAAUAAGAAGUACAGUAUGAUCAACAGAGUCAAUAAGAAGUACCGCUUCAUCAACAGGGUCAAUAAGAAGUACAGUUUGAUCAACAGGGCCAAUAAGAAGUACAGUUUGAUCAACAGGGUCAAUAAGAAGUACAUGAUCAACAAUAAGAAGUACAGUAUGAUCAACAGUGUCAAUAAGAAGUACAGUAUGAUCAACAGGGUCAAUAAGAAGUACAGUUUGAUCAACAGGGUCAAUAAGAAGUACAGUAUGAUCAACAGGGUCAAUAAGAAGUACAGUAUGAUCAACCGGGUCAAUAAGAAGUACCUGAUCAACCGGGUCAAUAAGAAGUACAGUAUGAUCAACAGGGUCAAUAAGAAGUACAGUUUGAUCAACAGGGUCAAUAAGAAGUACCUGAUCAACCGGGUCAAUAAGAAGUACAGUAUGAUCAACAGGGUCAAUAAGAAGUACAGCUUGAUCAACAGGGUCAAUAAGAAGUACAGCUUGAUCAACAGGGCCAAUAAGAAGUACAGUUUGAUCAACAGGGUCAAUAAGAAGUAUCUGAUCAACCGGGUCAAUAAGAAGUACAGUAUGAUCAACAGGGUCAAUAAGAAGUACAGUUUGAUCAACAGGGUCAAUAGGAAGUACAGCUUGAUCAACAGGGCCAAUAAGAAGUACAUGAUCAACAGGGUCAAUAAGAAGUACAGUAUGAUCAACAGGGUCAAUAAGAAGUACAGGUUGAUCAACAGUGUCAAUAAGAAGUACAGUUUGAUCAACAGGGUCAAUAAGAAGUACAUGAUCAACCAGGUGAUAAGAAGUACAGUUUGA